AUGAAGGCAGAAAUUCAUCCCCAGUUUUUCAAUUCCACGGUAACAUGCUCGUGCGGGCAUGUUUUCCAGACGGGGGCCACCAAGCCCACCCUGAGGGUAGAGGUGUGCAGCCAGUGCCACCCUUUCUACACGGGUGAGCAGCGCAUCGUGGACACCCAGGGACGCAUUGAGCGACUGCGGAGACGGUACAAUUUACAAUAG